CAACUUUUGUUUUCCGUACAACCAAAUUAGCGUCUCAGAAAAAUUUUCUUUCUCCUGUCAAAAUGGCUUCCAAUCUAUUACAAUCAAAUGACAACCGGCUUGAAAUAGCUGCAAGAAAUGACAUUUAUCAACCGCAACUAAGUUCACUAAGAAAGUUGGAAAGUAUGUCUGUGCGUUUGUUAAAACAGUUUGGUAAAAUAAGUCGAAAUAUUCGGCCUGCAUUUAAAGAGCAUUGCACGCGAAUAAUUACAAUUAGUAACAGCGCGAAUUAUGUUCAUAACACCACAUUAUUUUUAAGUAGCAAUAGGCUACUGUCAACAACAAAUAUUAAUUUAAACGAUGCGCCAACUAUUGAUCAUGUAACUUACGAAAAAGUUUGCAGUGAAACUUUGAAUGAACUCUGCGAUUAUUUCGAAGAGCUUACGGAAAAUGCUACAAAUAUCAGUGGCUCUGAUGUAUCAUAUGGCGAUGGUGUUCUAACUGUUAGACUUGGAAACGAUUUUGGGACAUAUGUAAUUAACAGGCAAACGCCAAACAAACAAAUAUGGCUCAGUUCACCAACAAGCGGCCCAAAACGAUAUGACUUUGUGGAAACUCAGUCAGGCAAUAGUGGAAAGUGGAUUUAUAAGCACACUGGAGAAUCUAUGCACGACCUUCUCCAACAAGAAAUACAGAAUAUUUUUAAAGAUCAAAAAAUUAAUUUUCUUGCGCUACGUUAUAGCAAUUAAAUAAAAGCAGUACAAAAGUAUUGAAAAUUGUU